AUGCUUUCAGAUCAAGAGCUUCGCGAUAUGUUCCGCAGACACGACAAGGACAUGUCCGGAUUCAUAAGCAAAGACGACGUGCUGUGUAUGCUUCUAGGGGCUGAUAAGGAUGAACAAAAGGACCCUCUCUUCAAGACUCAUUUGAAGUUCCUCAUCAAUGUGAUCAAACAAGCUGACAAGGAUGGUGACAUGAAGAUCAGUUUCGAUGAGUUCAAGGAAUACAUCAACAAAGCUUCAGAAACAUAA